AUGGGGGAUGUAGGUGGCCAGAAGACACUGCGCACUUAUUGGCGGAACUAUUUUGAAAAGACAGACGCUUUAGUCUGGGUGGUUGAUGCAACGGACCGGCUACGGAUCACUGACUGCAGGCAAGAGCUUGGAUCUUUGUUGCUGGAGGAGCGGCUCAUGGGGGCAAGCCUACUUGUCUUUGCCAAUAAGACCGAUGUGGGUGGCUGCAUGACUGAUGAUGAAAUAGGGAAGGGACUGCAACUCGAUGCAAUCAAGACGCACAAGUGGACCAUCCUCCGAUGCAGCGCAAUCAAGGGGGAUCAUCUGCAGGAAGGAUUGGCAUGGGUGGUCCAGGACGCAAAAGACAGACUGUUCUUGUAUUGA